UGGGAGUGGGUUGUUUUAUUCAGGAGAAAACAAGCAAGUGGCAUCAGGGCAAGCAGGGAGUAAAAAACAGUAUCCUGCAGGUUCAAUGAUCGGGACUUUGGCUCCUUUACUGCGCUCCUUUUUCAUGUUGCCAUUGCAAAAGUCCAAACGUUUCGUCAGGUCCCCCACAGACGUUGCACGUUCUCCCUCCUUGCAUGCAAUCCUCCUUAGCGCAUUCCACGCAUCCCAACUGAGAGAAGCCAAGGGUGGGUUGUAUAGUACCUUUUUGUCUUUUUUAAUUAUCUUUUCUCUCCUUUCUUAUGGCUUCAAUGGAGCAUUGUCUCAUUCUGUUGCUGUGCCUGGUCAUGGGCGCUGUGCAUCCCUCCUGGGCUCAAGUGAACCCUGGUUCGAUGGUCAAUUGUGGCGAACCCGUCACACUGACGGACAAAACACCUACGAAUGCCUGUUGCUCGCAGUCCAACGGAAAGCUUGUUCGUGACGUGGUUGGUCAGAUUCGAGGCUGUGUCAUUGCUGAUUAUUCGCAACCGCAAGUUGCAGGUGCAUUCCAAUCCUGUUGUGCAAAGCAGAUGGUCCUAUAUGAUGCUGUCGGUCAGCAACCACCGCCCGAUAAUGCUACAGGCCAAUGAAGCGAAACAAAACAAAAGGACAGCAUGG